CGGACGUUGAGGGCGGGAAAGCCGAGGCUUGGAGCUUUGCGAAGCCUGGCGAGCUCCCGGAGGACGCGGCGGCGUUAAAACGAUGGAGAUGUCGGAGAGACAGGGGAGCAGUACGUCUCCACACUCGGAUAAGAGUGAGCCCUUUUCAAGAGGCCACCUAGUGACCUUCAACAUUCGAAGUUGAACACAGAACCGAACACAGUAACCCGCCGCGUAGAGCGGCAUGGAAGUCAAAUGAACGCCUAGUCUCCGGCACGCGGUAUUGCCAUAUGUGUCAUUGUCUCAGCAGAUGGCACCACCAAGUCCGAGCAACAGUACCCCGAACAGCAGCAAUGGGAGCAAUGGAAACGACCAGUUGAGCAAAACCAACCUCUAUAUUCGGGGAUUGCAACCAGGCACUACUGACCAGGACCUUGUCAAACUGUGCCAGUCAUAUGGCAAGAUUGUCUCUACUAAGGCCAUAUUGGACAAGAGCACGAACAAAUGCAAAGGCUAUGGCUUUGUGGACUUUGACAGUCCUUCAGCCGCACAGAAAGCUGUCACGGCACUGAAAGCCAGUGGUGUACAGGCACAGAUGGCAAAGCAACAGGAGCAGGACCCCACAAACUUAUACAUAUCAAACCUUCCAUUAUCAAUGGACGAGCAAGAACUGGAGGGGAUGCUGAAGCCCUUUGGCCAGGUUAUCUCCACUCGAAUCCUCCGAGACACCAGAGGGACCAGCAGAGGGGUUGGCUUUGCAAGGAUGGAGUCCACAGAGAAGUGUGAAGCCAUCAUCACCCACUUUAAUGGAAAAUAUAUUAAGACACCUGCUGGAGUACCAGCCCCAUCUGAUCCCUUGCUUUGCAAGUUUGCUGAUGGUGGUCCAAAGAAACGACAGAAUCAAGGGAAAUAUAUGCAAAAUGGACGGGCCUGGCCAAGGAAUGGAGAUAUGGGUGGUAUGGCCUUGACCUAUGACCCCACCACAGCUCUUCAGAAUGGGUUUUACCCGGCUCCUUACAACAUGACCCCCAACAGGAUGCUUGCUCAGUCUGCACUCUCCCCGUACCUUCCAUCUCCUGUGUCCUCCUAUCAGAGAGUAACUCAGACGUCUCCUCUCCAAGUGCCUAACCCGUCUUGGACGCACCACCCGUCCUACCUCAUGCAGCCUUCGGGUUCCGUGCUGCCGCCAGGGAUGGAUCACCCCCUUUCUCUGCAGCCGGCCUCCAUGAUGGGACCUCUUACCCAGCAACUGGGGCACCUCUCCCUCAGCAGCACAGUACGUGCCGGCGGCCGCCCCCGUGCCGGGAGCUUACAUCUCCCCGUACACCCCCGUGCCUUCUUCCGGUGUUGCGGCCGAGGAGAGCAGCGGCCCGCAGACUCAGGUGCCGGUGGACGCCCCCUCGGACCACGGGCUCUACUCGUUCCAGUUCAGCAAGUAGCCGCGUGCUCUGGAGCCGAACCCGCAAGGUCUCUGAGGUGUGCCUGGACAGACGGAUCGUUGGAGAGGCUGAUGCUCCCGAACUCCGGAGGGCUGACUGGGAAUACAGACCCGCUGUGGGCCCUGCGAAGGACUAACACGUGGGCAGCGUUUUUCACAGGCCUGGGCCUGGAGAAAGAAAGCUCUGCACUUCUGCUCUCUGCUUCUUUCUCCAUUCCCCAGGGAGCCCUGGCGAGCCCGGGCCAGCCUGCCCUUUUUGUGUGCGCUGCAUUCAAGGAGAUCAAAAGAACUUUUUUCUUUCUUUUGCAAAGAAAAUUUUAUAUUUUGUUUUUAACUGCAAUAUACUCUUUUCAUAUCCCAAAGAGACAUAGUGCCUUGAGCUUCUUCUCUUUAUGAAAAACAGUUUUUGAUAUGUCGGACUUAUCAGGGGAGGCUUCACAAAUUUUGUUAUUUCUUAAAAAAGAAAGUGCAGUGAUAGGAUGUUGAUGAAGGAGUCCUACUGUGGGCCCUUGUGUGUUUGGUUAUGGGCUUAUUUUGAGGGGUGGGGUGUGUAGGAGAAUAUACAGACUUUACAAAUUUUGUUUUAUAAAGCUCUUAGUUCACACAUCUCGUUUCUUCUUCACACAUUUUAUGCCUUCUUUCUCUCAUCCAGACUGUUCUUUCUUUUUUAUACAGCAGAGCCUGCCUACUUUGCCUUUUUACAGUAUUUAAUGUUGUUCAAUUUCUUUUUUGAAUGAAAUUUUGUAUGGACUUUUUUGGGGGCUGGGCAAGGAACAGAACUCUAAGCAGGCAGUGGAAGUGACUUUUCCUCGCUCUGCCUUGCCACAUCCUGGGGGAAAAGAC